AUGGCAGCGGAUUUUGGAGACUUUGUGAGCAAGACCAUUUCCGACGGAUACAGCGAAGGAGAGACUACCUUGCCUUCGGAGCGCAGCGACGACGAGACCCCCCAGGCAACCUCCUGUUGUUGGGCCUCGCCGCGGCCUGAAGGGGGCGCCCCGGCACAGGAGAGGAGGCAUUCGGUUGUUGUCCGGAGCACUUUCCUGGACUUGGAGGAGGAGUUUCUACAGCAGCGCUACCGAACGCUGCGGCGCACACAGUCAGACCUUCCAUGGAAGGGCGCCUAUGAUCCCCGGAGCUAUGAGCCAGGAGAGCUCAGCAGCUUGCGCCUUUCGGGUCUUGAAAAGCUUCACUCACAGGGUGCCAAGGCUACGAAACCCUCGGCACCAUGUACAGCCGUCCGAAGCACGCAACCGCCAGCAGCCGUGCAGGCGCCGCAGCCGACCGGAAAGACAACUGUGAUGCUGCGCAACUUACCCAACAACUAUUCACGGGACAUGCUCCUCGCGAUGUUAGACAAGCGUGGCUUUGCAGGCAGCUACGACUUUGUAUACCUUCCCUUCGAUUUCCGUCGCGAUGCGAACCUCGGUUAUGCCUUCGUGAACAUGGUAGAUGCGGAGGCUGCUGACGCUCUCUGGAAGGGGCUGGAGGGCUUCACGGCUUGGGCGCUGACGUCGCACAAAGUGUGCAGCGUGACCUGGAGUGGCCCUCUCCAGGGGCAAUCUGCGCAUAUCGAGCGCUACAGGAAUAGCCCAGUCAUGCACAGCAGCGUACCUGACCAGUACAAGCCCGUAGUCCUUGAGGGCGGCGUCCGCAAGCCAUUUCCGAAGGCGACGAAGAAGAUCAAGAUGCCAACGAUGGUGUCGUUUUAA